AGUAUUUUAAACAGACAAACUAAAGCAGCAUUAAAACAUAAAUAGUGCUGAUGUCAAUGUUGAGAAGAUUUUGAAACAAAAUUUUAAAACCUAUUUACAACAAACACAAAUCUUUAAUCUUAAAGUAAUUAUUGACCAGAACUCAAGCAAACAUGGCUGACGAUAUAUCAUCACCGAUGCGUAUGCAAAAGAAAACGAGAAGUGCUUCCAUAUGUGCUACCGGCGGAAGCAUAGAAACCGUUAUUUAUAACAUGCCCUCGGGCAACAAUACACCAGACUCACAGGGCACACCCAACUAUAGGAGACGUCGACCUGCCACCCGCUCACAAAGUGCACGUAUAACAGCCACUGCCGGUAGAUCGGUACGAAGGCGUCCUCAGCAGCAACAGCAGCAAAUGCAACAUAAUUUACAAGAAACUCGAUCAUACUGCACCAGUGAGCCCAGACUUAGCGAAACGGAAACGCCACCACAAAGAAGAAAACUUUCACAAAGAAGGCCACAACAACACCCGCAUCGUAGAUCAAAUGCAUUUCUUGAUGUACCCACAGUGAACAUGCACCAUCUGAGGGUGAGCGAUGAUGAGGAUUUAGAUCGUUUAAGAACAUUUAGUGCUUCGAAAGGAGGUAUCAUCAAUCGUGGCGACUCCUUUAGACGUCGCCGUUCACGCAGCAAUAGUUUGGCUCCUGUCAGUCCCAUCCACCCACGUGUUGGCGCUUUAGCUGGCUGCACAGAUGCCGAUGUUAAUCCCAACGAUGCCAGCCAACAGCAGCAGGUGGAUGUUUAUCAUGUCGAAAUGCUGGGAGCACCCGGUGUGGGCAAACAAGCACUUGUCUCCCAAUUUCGCACUUCAGACUGUAUUAAUGCUUACGAUGGACCAGAGUGUGAUGAAGCCGAGCAAAAUGUUUCAAUUAUUCUAAAUGGUAUAGAGUCUGAAUUGAAAUUUGUAAUAAAUACACGCGAAUUAAAGGAUGAACUUGAAAAGGCCGAUGCUUUUUUGGUUGUAUAUUCUUGCGUGGACAAGGAAUCGUUUACAAGAGCUAAACAGAUUUUAUCACGUCUCCAAGAUAUGGAUUUAGUUAGAACAAGACCAAUUAUAAUGGUGGCAAAUAAAAUUGAUUUAGCGAGGUCACGUGCUGUUUCCGCCCAGGAUGGCAAAUGUGUGGCCUGUACAUUUGGUGCCAAAUUCAUUGAAGUGUCCGUGGGCAUCAAUCACAACUGUGAUGAAUUAUUGGCAGGGACUUUAACACAAAUACGCUUGAAAAAGGAACAAAAUUUAUUGCAGCCUAAAACGAAAAAAAUUAAAAAUAAAUCUAAAGAUAAACCAAAAGACAAUUUGAAUAGCGACAAUAAUUGUCAUAAUAAGAAUUGUGAUUUAGAACAAGGCGAAAAAUCUUUAAAUGAUAAAAAUUCUGAAGUUAUGGGUCAUCGCGAUACCUCACCCUCACCGGCCCACUGGUACAAGAGUCGCAGUGUAAUGAUGGCCAGCAUGAAGGCGAGACAAAUGUUGACAUGGAUUUUGGGCAAAGAAGAUGCCAAAUUUAAACACUGUGAAAAUUUGCAAGUUUUGUAAAAUACACUGAAAACUAUAUUCAUUAUAAUGAAAUGAAACUUAACUAAACAAAUAAUACAGGAAAUUAAAAUCAACAACCAAUAAAUAUUUCAUAAAUUAUAAAUAAUUUAAACAAAAAAAAUGAAAAGCAUUUCUGUAAAGAAAAUAAUUGCAUAUAAAAUAAAAUAAAUUUAUUAAAUAUUAAGGUUUCUUUUCAGUACAUGACAAAAAACAAAGCUAAAACAAUAAUUUAAUAUUAAAUUAAAUGCAUAUUUUAUAUAAAUAAACAUAUUUUUGUAAAAUA